GUCCCAAUUAUGGAAAGAUCACUUUUCCACCAUCUCGCUCUACCGCAGCGCCUUCCGCACUCUGAAGAUGCGAACCUCUACGACGUCGAGGCUAGGCUGACCGAACAGCUCCUCGUAGCGGUCCGCCUCAUGCGCGAUUCUGCUGUUGGAGACCAGAUACGACUAGAGGCAUCGAGCGUCUGGGAACGCCUACGGCAAUGCUUAGUCGUAUCCAGCGCUAUCACCCGCGACAACCGAGUCGACAGGGUGCGGUUAUUGUCAGAGUUCAGGAGGAUGGCCGCGCUUAACGCCAUACUUCUUGACAUCCGCAGCCAGAAUGCAGCUCUUUUGAUUCAUCGACUCUCCGAGUCUGCCGAAGAGGUUGUCUUUGAAGUCUUCGAAACUUCCCCAAGAAACGAGGAUGUCCUCGCAGCAGACAACGCCCUACAGUGGGAUUUUCCAGGCAGUGCAUUUGCUAUCCCGUUGCCGAUAUUCAACGAUGAAAACUUCCAGGUUGCCCUUGCCGACUUUCUUGAGCGAGCCUCCCUGGAGUCUACCAAGACGUUCGGGGCCCAGUCUUUCAAGGCCGGAGUCGAAAGUUAUGAGGACCGAGAUACUGGCAACCCGGCCAUCAUCAGUUCGCUUUUAAUGGCAGUCAUCGAAGAGAACGGACGCAGGCUGUCGACCCCCCUACUUCGGAAGCGGGUACGGGACGACGUCUGUUGGUCCAAUGCCCGCAGACCGUGGCGCCGCUCUCCCCGUUGGCUUGCGCUUAGAGUCGCCAGCUCUCGGUACUUAUUGCUUGCACUCGGGGCGGAGCUGGGUCGGUUCGAAUAUAAAUUCUGCUUCUGCGUUUGCUUGGCCAAGUUUUUGGAGCAGGCUCUACCGUAUCUCGAGGUUGAGCAGGUCCAUUUCCUCAAGGCGAAACUGUGCCGGCGACUGGCAAAGCUGGACAUGGAGAGAGACAGCAUGCAAGACCAGCACCUGGUGCGAAAGGUGGACCGUCUCUUCUCCCUUCUGACCCCCAUCAUCGACCCGAGCAUCCAAAGCGCUGUCGACUACGUACAAUCCGCGUGGGAGGCAUACCGGCAGUCCUUCAUCAAGUACAUUCCCCCUUUGCCCAGGAGAGCAUCUCAAUCCGAUAUGGUGCUCCCCUUGCGACUCAGUGGCGAGUGUCUGCAGCGAAUCCUGGCCUCGUCCACUAGAAUGAUGAGGGACCGGCAGCAAAAAUGGAUCCCACCAUCCAGCUUUGACCCUUCCGCUCUAACCAACGAGCAUUUCUACAAGUUCGCUGAGCCCCUUCUCUGGAUCACCAAGAGAGAGUGCGAGGUUCGGGAGUCCCUUCGGUCGGUUUCGGGACCCCCCGAGUCCGGUAUACCCUCCCAAAUACAAAGCCUCAUCGAGGAAGGGUUGCCGCUGUACCGUGGCAACGGCAAUCAAAUGAGCCUUUUGAUCCUCAAUGUCAUGGAACUCUGGACGAGGCUUGACAUGUGGACAUGCCAGGAAUUCCCUCUCCUCCAACAAUAUCACCCCGCCUUCACGCCCGAAAUCCUGGACGUUUUGCAUCUUCCCUUGUACGAGGACAUGGUUCGCCUGCAAACCAUGCAGGAUUAUCUUCAAGCACGGAUUGCAGCAUGCCGUGGCUCCAAGGUCACCGUUUUUGAUGACCCGACCAAGGAUUGCUUCGCGCGAAGAUAUUACGAUGCAGUUCAUUCCACGGGGGAAAUGGCUGCCCUUCGAGAGGAUAUCGAAGAGACCGCCAGGAACCAAAAGCAAGCCAAGCUGCACGAAUGGCGGCGCAAGCACGCCGAGUACGAUGGUUUGACCCAGCAGGUCAACGGAAGCGCCUGCAUUCUCACUGUCGACGAGGAUGACCCGUACGAAAGAGAACAGCAUAUCGCACAUUGCUGUCCCCGGUGUCAAGCAAUACGGAGGCUGGACAGGCUAGACAUGGAGAUCCACGAGCACCCGCUUCCAUCUGACGACUUCAUGGCCAAGGUGGUCGUAUUUGAGCUACGGUGCCCACCGGCCUUUGCAUCCUACCGCGAUGCAACAUGGAUGCUCUUGUCGCGACUGGCCUUCUCAACUCCGCCCCAAGGAGUCACACCCAAGUGCCUCGUUCGGGAGUAUUCUGCCAUUGCCAAAUUUGUCGGCAACGGAAGACCACCCAGUUUCUCUCUAGCGUCUCUGACAAAACCAUUCCUGAAAACUCAUUAUGCGACCGUCCGAUUUCCAGUCGAGUGGGAAGGUGGUCGGGAUGCAGUGUGCAAGCCGAAUGGGUUAAAGUUGGCCUACUUUGACGCAAGAAGCGGUAUCUGGACGGGGCGAGCACGGUUGAGGCCACAGUUUGCCCACCAUGUCCAACUCCAGUUGCCGCAGAGCUCUCCAUUGCGCACCCUCCUGAACUACAGGAGUUCCGCAGAAGGCGACGGCCCCUCGUCGUACGAAAUCAUGGCCACCCAAAUGAGCUGUCCCUCCGGUCUCAAUUCACACGAGUUCCUCGCCUUCAAGACGCUAAUGUCGGGCACGGCUCGACGGUGGAUAUCGAUACUAGUGGAGCUCGGGGCGACCAACAUGAACUGGUCGACCGAAGCAAGUGCGAUGCUCCUCAAUCAUUUGGCGCUGCACUGCGGUCCGCCAUCUAACCAGAACGACGAACUGAGACCCCUGAGACUGAUUCACUCGGUUUUCCGCGACGCCCACUUUGUCGAGAAGCUGCUCGGCCAAGUGAACUCCCGGCUAUCGAAUCUAGCCGCGCUGGCAAGUUGGAGGGAGGCAUAUCUCAUGGGAACGAUAAUCACUUUGGCGCUCCGCAUUCUCGACUUGGCUUCGGCGGCAAAGUUGGGCCCUGGGAUUGACCAGAAGGCUCUCAGUUCCAUUCUACAGGCCCGGGAGAUUUGCGUCCGCUGGUUCAGGCUUCUCCGGGAGGAGAUUCUAACAUCCCCAGACACGGUAGCGGCUCAACAGUUGCAACAGCGUGCUCUCGCGGCUGCGUUGCUGUGCAAGCGCACAUUUGUCAUCCACCUGAAUCAGUCUGUUCCCUUCGAUCCCGCAUCAUUGGCAACGUACCUCGAGGCUGCCAUCGUCACACACGAGAACAUGGUGAGCAACAUUCACUCACUUCCGCAGACCAUGUUGCACGAUAUGGUGUCUGCGAUCAAACUUUCGCAUCGUCUAAAGCGGCUCGUUUGCCGCUCAAUAUGCGACAGUCCGGACAGCCUCCGCGAUGCCCUCAAGCAAUUCUGGCCUGACGCCGAUCGAAUCGGACCGGCGAACUCAAAGAUUAGCUUUGAUUCCACUGGCUGGCUGUCUUGCGAUAUCACCGAGACAGAAACCGAGAGUCAUCAGGUGGUGAACCUGAAUUUGCUCCUUGGAACACUCCUGGUGAAUGGGAAACCUGUGGGGAAACUGCCUCAAGAUUCGCAGAACUCGUUGGUAAUCAGGGAGCUCUUUGGUAAUCAACCUCUGAGGGUGUUUCAGUCGUCAGUUCCGGGAAUGACGUAUACUCUCACAUUUCGACCACAUGGGUUCACCGUGCAUCUCGGAUACGAAGGCCGCGACACCAUCAUUGUGGCCAAAUCAGGGGGGCGUCGGGUUUGCACUGUCCGCUUCGUCUCCCGGGACAGAUUUCACGUCGGCAGCACAUGGGAUCUCCCGGGCCCGUUGGUAGAUAGGUGUAUACACUGGCUCAAUCUGAGUACUGGGGAUGUUUACAUUACGCCCACCGCAAGUCCAUGGGACAUAUUCAAUCGCCAUCGGACCUGGACCCUAAGCAUCCACACGGGUGUUUGCUGGAAGCUCCGACGUGACGGGCAGACACACGAGAAUGCUGUGGACCCUCUCAGCCCUCUCUUCGCGCGGGCUGCAAGAAUCCUAGAUGGCCUGGUCAACAGACGACGACUCCUUGUCACCCAGCCAUCCAACCUAGGAACCGGUCUGGAAGUCCAGAUCCAGCAGCUGCAGUUAAUGUUUUUCGUCAACAAGAGUCGGCGUCUGUACUCGCCGCAGUUAAAGCUAGAGAUCGACCCCAACCAAGAUGCCGGCACCUGGUACGGCCUAACAAGCAAGCUAGUCUGUUGCAGCAUUGACAACCCUCUUCGCCGGACGGUGUUGGUUCCGCUGGGUCCCGUGUCCACCGCCAGAUCAGGAUGCCACGUCAUGGUCAACAUCGCAGGGGACGGCAGGUACGGAAAGUUUACAAUCAAUGACACGCUUGGCAGGAUAGACUGUGCCGCCGAACCCACCCUGGUUUACACCAAAGGGCUGUUGCACGCGUACACGUCAUUCUUGCUUCCCGAUCCGUUAACGGGGCGAACCGGAGCGGAGGAGAGUCUCGGUUGGCUUCGAUCGGGAAUCUCCCGUCCCUGGACUGUGCUUCUCGACCCGGCGCCGGUCCAGGUCCUGUCUCGAAUUGCCAGUCUGACGCCAGUGCGCCAAUACUAUCCGCCAGACUUGAAACUCAUGAAGACGGACCGCUGGAAUGAGGACGCCACCUGCCACAUGCAGCACCCGUCGUAUAGACAGGUAGUUGAAGAAAUAAUGGCUGUCUCGAAGGGCCUGGCGACGUUCGCCACUACGCAUAGUCCUAUGCAGGGGGUCUGUUAUGACCUCCCUCCUGCUGGCGAAGCGCAUCUCACUGCAAGGGCGUUGGUGCGUCGCCAACUGUAUGAGAGGCAGGAAGCCGGUCAAGAUGACGAUAAACUAACAUCAAACAACCCGGACCGGUUGUACUCGCCCCGAGACAGGUCGUCACCUUCGGAGUCCCGGUACGCAACUCUCAUGGAGAUUACACAGCUCCUGCGAACGAGGCCACCGAAGUUUAGGACCCCGGCCAACAUAGCCGCCAUCCUUUCCCAGGGAAACACCAUCGGGGGUUACGGUGCUGAAUACAAGGCUGCGUCCCUGAGUGAUCAAAUGCGCGCCGACCUUCGGGAAAAUUGGGGUUCGCUCGUUGAAUCCUGUUGCCGUAGCCAGUCAAGUUACAGCCUCAUGUUCCUUUUCGCAACCUUAGCGUUCCGACAAAACUUUGAUAACAAUCUCCUCAAGGGACUUUUGUCAUUUGCUAUCUUUAGCGAUCUCCAGUCUUUGUCUCUUCCGCCCUGGCCUUCCUACUUCAACUUUCGUCCGGACAGCAACCCCGGGGUGGACGAUAUCACGAAAUUGAUCUACCCCUUCAGAGUCCCAGCUCCUAAAGACGAUGGGGAGGCGCUGGGGAUGCUUAUAGCCUCCAGACAGCACCGGAAGAUGAAAGCAGCGAAGGACGCGCACGAGAUGAGAAGCGACGAUGAUUGUCGUUACUUCGCCAAAUUCCUUCUCGCGCAGUGGCCGUGCCGCGAGCCCGACGUGUCAAACUUGGCCCGUACCGAUCUUUUAGUGGACACCACGGCUGCCCUCGAGGUUAUCCGCCCCGAAUGGCUCCGCCUGUAUCGCAACAGGGACCUGUCUCUUCACUUGAACCAAGUCCAGCUGAUCCUGGACCGCCGGCGUUCAGACUUGGUGUAUAACCCUCCAAAGAUGAUUGUAUCUGAGGAGUUCUUUGGCUCGCCUAGCCUUUUUCGAGGAGGCGUGAUCCCCAGACUGGACUAUGACCUUCUAAGGAAGUCCUUCAACUCAACUUCUCUCAUUACCGCAACGCAAACCUCGUCGGCCGAAUGGACCCCUUUCGCCAGCAGCCCCCAAGAUGACCGCCAGUCAUCCGUGGUCACGCGGAGCCAAGACACCAUUGCCAGUAAUGCCAAGCGGAGACUCUCUUCUGGGGAGGCAAGCAGGCACGCCGGCGAGCUGCAAGAAAUCAUCGAUGACCUGGCGAAGAGCAAGUCGUUGGUGCGCGAAACCUAUGCCCGAGAUCUUUCGCAAAGCCUUGAGGCAUCCAAAAACCUCAGGACGCCCCAGCAGCUGGCCACAUUCCUUUGCUUCCGUAACAGCGCGGUGGCCACAUCAGAGUUGAUCCGUGCCUUUGCGUCCCUGAAAGCGUCACUGGAGAGACCGACAUCAGCCACGUCGUUUCGCCGGAUACGUUGGCUUCAGCUUGGGGGCCUCUGGCCCGCGAUCACAACGGUGUCUUUGCUGGAGCAGCUGCGUUCGACGGCUGACCCUUGUUUCGGGAGCGGGAUGCGGGAUGCACUCAUUGCCUUCGGACUAGCCGUAACCAAACUGCAACGGGUUAUGAGGCUGAACGAUUGUGUCCGGGCUGGCGACACAUCGCGCUUCGAGGACGAAGAAGGCAACUUGGGGCACAGCAACUGGAAACCCCAGGACCACCCCGACUGGUUGCUACUAGAAAUUGACUCCGACCUACUCAUCCGACCAGGCCAAGUUGACGUAGCCCUGGCUACCAUUUCGCCGACUUCAGGCACCAACUCAGUAUUGCAGAUGAACAUGGGACAGGGCAAGACCUCGUGCAUCAUCCCGAUGGUCGCGGCUGCGAUGGCCGACAAGAAGAGGCUUGUUCGCAUCAUCGUUCCGAAAGCGCUUCUCCAGCAGACCGCUCAGUUGCUGCAGUCUCGCCUUGGCAGAGUUCUGAACCGCCACGUCGGCCAUAUCCCCUUCUCCAGGCGGACACCGACGACAGGGGACAGCAUUCGACUGUAUUACGAAAUCCACAAGCGUACACUGAAGGCAGCCGGCGUGAUGUUGUGCCUGCCAGAGCACAAUCUCUCCUUUUUGUUGAGCGGACAGCAGAGGAUACUCGACAACAAAGUCGAUGAAGCAAAGCCUAUGAUCAAGGUGCAGUCCUGGUUGAGGUCUGUCUGCCGUGACAUUUUGGACGAAUCCGACUACACUUUGGCUGCUCGGACGCAACUCAUCUAUCCCUCCGGCUCGCAAAUGUCCGUCGAUGGCCACCCGCACCGGUGGCAAGUCGUCGAAGCCCUCCUUAGCCUUGUCGACCAACACCUUUAUGACUUGCAACGCUCAUUCCCGCAGUCUAUCGAAGUGGUUAGACGACAAGGCGGUGGAUUUCCUCUUAUCUACUUCGCCCGCCGGGACGUUGAGAACGAGUUGCUUAAACGGCUGGCUGCAGACAUCGCCAAAGGGCGCGGCAGAAUCCUGCCUGUGGGCACUUUUGAUAAUCGAGAACGUGCGGCUGUCCGGGACUUUCUGUCCCCGAGCACACGUAAGCUGAAGCCAGCCACCCUUGACAGAAUACGGAACCUGCGUCCGGAUAGACCCCAGUACGGUCUGCGCCCUAAUUCAGAUCCCGUUGCCGUACCGUACCAUGCAAAAGGGGUGCCGAGUGAGCAGUCGGAAUGGGGCCACCCCGACGUGGCCAUACUCUUCACAUGCCUGGUGUUUUACUACGACGGUAUCGAUGAGAGUCAGCUGCGGCUGGCGCUGGCCCGCGUUCUCAAGUCAGACGACCCGUCUACCGAGUACGAUAAGUGGGUUCAGUCCUCGGAGGACUUCCCGGUAUCUGUCCGGGCGUGGAACACAAUCAACAUCGAGGACGACGCGCAGAUCCGCGAGAUCUGGAAUGCGGUGCGCUACCGGGUCGUCGUGGUCGACUACUUCCUGAACAAUUUUGUUUUCCCCCAGCACGCGAAGCAGUUCAGAGUGAAGUUGCAGUCCAGCGGAUGGGAUAUCCCGUUAUUCUCGGCGCAGCCGGCGUCACCAUCAGCCGGUACUACAAACGGCUCUACCGAGGAUCAAAUGUCGAAAAAGGCCCGACUGCGACCGCUCACGACAGGCUUUAGUGGCACCAACGACAACCGCACUAUGUUGCCACUGACCAUCCAACAGGCAGACCUGCCAACUCUGUCGCACACCAAUGCCGAGGUCCUGACGUACCUGCUGCACGGCCGGUCUCGGAGGUGCGAGAUCAUCACCAACGUCCAGGGCGGCCGAGCGACGGAACGUGACUUGCUCUUCAUGCUCAGGGGACAAAACAUUAGGAUCCUCAUCGACGCGGGGGCGCAAAUCCUUGAGAUGGACAACAAGACCCUCGCCAGGACGUGGCUCGACGUCGACAAGCGGUGCGAGGCUUCGCUGUAUUUUGACUCGACCAACAAGCCGUGGGUCAUCGACAAGCUGGGUCGCGAGACGCCUCUGUUGGCGUCGCCGUACGCCGAUGAUUUAACCCAGUGUCUCGUGUAUCUGGACGAAGCGCACACUCGAGGGACAGAUCUCAAGUUCCCUCUUGAUGCUCGGGGUGCCCUCACAGUUGGCCAAGGCCAGUCAAAAGACCAUACCGUCCAAGCUGCCAUGCGACUACGCCAGUUGGGGACGACCCAGUCGGUCACAUUCUUUAUCCCGCCCGAGGUGCGCCAAACCAUUGUCGACCUCCGAGGAAAGUCAAUGUCUGAGAGCAUCGACUCUCACGAUGUGAUCCGCUGGCUGCUUGACAAUUCCUGCGAUAGCAUCGAACAACUACAACCCUUGUACUACUCGCAAGGCAUCGAUUUCUGCCGGAGAACCCAAGCAGCUCUUGACAACCCUGACUACCUGACAAACCCCGGUCACCGCGCCCAAUAUGUGUCGUCCAUCAUGCAAACCGAGCUGCAGACCCUGCAGGAGAUGUACGAGCCGAAGGCCAAGGGGUCCAAACACGGCAACUUCCAAUCGUCGCAUCCCAAGAUGGCUGCAUUUGCCGAGGAGCUCAAUACCCGGCGCAAGGGCUUUCAGGAUACGGGACGGGCCGUACAUGGUUCAGCGCUCCAAGAAGUCGAGCAGGAGCGCGAGGUCGCUUUCGAAGUUGAGUCGGUCCGGCAGGUGAAAAAGGUGGUGCAGUACGACGCCCUGGGCUUUCCAGGCCUCCACCGCGACAUUGAGGUCUUUGCCCGGACUGGACGACUCCCCAUUGAUAGUCACGCUGUCUCGCAUGUCUUCCAGCUACUGUCGACCACUGCGCUGGGCCGCAAACAUAGAGUGUUGUCCAAGGGCAGCCAAGCACAGUCCAAGUUGUUCGUCUCGGGCGAGUUCAACCGGACAGCGAAGCUCUACACCUCUUCCGCUCCGGAUAAUCUCCUACGACCCGUUAGCUGGGUGCUCUGGAGCGGGCUAUUCGAGACUGCCGUCGUCCUCAUCCCCGAAGAAGCCGAGCAAGUGAUCCAUAUGAUGCACGCCAAAACCACACACUCCAAAGUCCACCUCAUCACCUAUGCAUCCCCCGUCACGAAAAGGAUGAUGGCAUUUAACAACCUGACGUUUUUCAGCAUGCCGAAGCUGCCUGAAUGCUGGGAGGCACCGCAGUGGCUCAAGACCGAGCUCGGCCUGCUGGCAGGGAGACUAUACUUCCAGUGGCAUGAACACGAACCGCUGUGCAAAUUCCUGGGAGUUGAGCGGAGUCUCGGUCCAGCCCACUUGGACAGCGAGGACGAGGAAGAUACUCUCACUUCCGAGGAUGAUACUGACGAUGACGGGGACGGGGGUAGGGCGGGCGGAACGGCGACCCCUCCGAGGAAGAAGAAGCAGACGAUCAUGACCUCGUUCUCGCCCCGGCCAUUGACAUUCCUCCAGGAGUGGCUGGCCGUCCGUCGCCACGGGCAGGACUUUGUUCAUACGCCCAUGGGGUUCCUGACGCAGGGAAAGACGCUGCAUGCGAGUCACCCAUUCUUUGGCGAGGGCGUCCGGACGAGCGUACAGCCGGCAGUUGGAGGCAUGUCGGCUGGGACCACUGUUGGUGGCUCAGGCGGUGGAAGCGGUUGGGGCGGGGAUGAUAAUGCCUAUGUUGAUGAGGGUGCUGUCUUCGAUGGUGUUGAUGACAUGGGCGCUAAUGUGGGUGACGUUGAGGGAGAUGAGGAGGGCAAGGAGGUGGUGUAUGAUGACAGCGAGUGGUUUGACUCGGACUUGUCGGAAAACGAGGACAAAUCAGAGUAGUGAUGAAGUGCCUCAGUAAAGUGCGUUAAAAAAGGUCCGUAUAACAAUCACGAGAAUUGUGGUGCUUUUACAACCUCGACGAGUCGAUCACGGGCGUACACUCCUUGUUGGGGCGGAGUGUGUCUAGCAGAUGAUGCAUCGUCAU